AUGCCUACCCUACGGCGCUAUUGUCGCGUUUCAAAAUACACAGUUCUCGAGUGCCGCAUCUACCUCGACAACCCCUCUGACCUGACACCCUGGCUCACCAAUGUCCUUCCCCGCAUUUUUGCAAGCGUGAAGCCCCUCGUCCUGCCAAAGCUCCACGAGGAGCAGGAGCGCGCGAGACUGGGGGGUAGAAAGGCUGCUGUUGCGGUCAAAGAUGUGAUUGUCGAAGAUGAUUACGAGCUAUCCCUCUUCCUCACAAACUCGGGCACGCGCCAUGCGGUCAUGACAAAGCAGAAAUCCCUCCCCACCGCACCUGCAAAGCUGCACUCAAACUCCUCAAAGCUCACCGGAGGGGGCGGAGGUGGAGGGGGACGAACACUCGUUGAGAUCCGCCGUGAGUCGUCGCCGCCCGAAAUUGACCUUGACUCUAUCCCCAUGGCACCCAGCACUGGACCAAUCAUCGUACCAGACGACGACGGCGAUCGCGAUGAGGAGGAGGGCAGCACCAGGGUCCUGGAAUCGGCCCGGCGCAGGAGCACCCGCACAAAAAGCAAACGUCCAUCCGCACUCGAUGACGACACCCUACCAGCACCUCCACCUCCAAAGCGCCACAAGACCCCAACCAUUACAGUCCCUGACGACGACGACGACGACGACAACCUCCCCUACCUAAGGGAGGAGGAGGAAGGAGAUGAUAAGAAGAAACUCGUUCUCCAGACAUCCUACGAGGGCUUCAACAUCUACUCCCACAUUCUAUGCAUCGUCGUCAAACGCCGCCGGGGUGACGCGAGUAUGAAUACGAGCGCGGGGAAGGGUAAGAUCAUGGAGGAGUGGAUUGGAAUGAGUCAGGCCAUCAGGGACGGCGAUGAGUAA